AUGGAUAAUCAAUCGUUCUUGGCAAUCGAGAGACAGUUUGAAGAACUGCACGAUCAUUUUCGUUCCAGGGCAGAAAAGCGAUACCAAUAUAUUGAUCCUAAGCCGUGUCCUCUUCGAACAAAACGCCAUGUCGAUGUUAUAGAAGCUAUCUUCUCAUCGCAGCGCUACCAUUUAUCGGCUCCGGUGUCGCCUUUGACCCUUUACAAUGAGGAUAUUGCUGAGCGGAACCUUCAUACACCACCGACCCGUGCGCAGGAUCCGUAUGCUCGAGUCAUAUCAGCAAUAUACCAAGAGGACGUUGCAGACCGAAAUAUUUUACAAAAUGGAGGCGGAGUCCGAUGCCAUCCCCCGCAGUAUAGCCGACGGGUUCGGAAAUCAAGGUCGCAAUUCUAUGAUGGCAAAGAAGAUCGUACCAAGCCACGUUCACAGUCUCCUUCAGUGAGCCGCCGACCCUUCGAUGAAAGGGAGAAAGGGGGCUUGAGGACUAGUAUGUCAGAACAUGAUUUACGAAACCAUUCUUCUACAACCACUGAAAAGAGAAUUAAAAGCGAGAAGGGGUUGUACGAAUCAAACGGUGCCGACCUAGCAAUGUCAUCCGUUCCUGAUGUUAGAAGCACAUUUAAUAACCCCGCAAGCGUCGAUACUAAGCCUGCGAAAAUCGGUUCCAAUGUCUUGGGCGAUUUGCAGAAGAUGAAGGCAAAUAACCAGCCGGACCAACUGGUCACUUCUUGCCAGCUGAAAUCCGAGGCAAAAGCACCGAGCAACAAAGAUCACCGUCCACGAAAUCUAAUUUUCCCCAAACCAUGCACCUUUUCGUCCAGGAAAAAUGUCCGAGAUUUGUCUAUAAAUAUGGAAUUGGCGGCUCCCCGCAAGAUGUUCGUUAAAGUGGGUACUCGUCCUGUUGAGAGCUCUUCUCCAAGAAGCCAACGAAAUCCUAGUAUCGACGAGAUUGUGAAUAGUCCUAUCUCAGUGACUAGUUCAAAAGCCCCGGUGUUACCAAAAACUGCAAGCCGAAAGGUGGAGGAGAUCAUGAAUAUGUUCAGACAAGCAUAUAGUUCGUCGCAAAAGACACACUGCCAUCCCACAUCUGAGACCUUGGAAGACACCAUUAUUCGCGAAAUCAAUUGUCAUGAUGCCUUUCGCCGAAUUUAUUCAGACAACUCGUCUGGUAUGUCAACUGAGCUAUCGCCGGUUUUAAUUAUAGAGCAUCUACACGAAUCAAACAACACUGAGAAUAGCCUAGGGAGGCACCAAACCAAAAAUUUCUCGAGGAGAGGGCAAUAUCUGAUGAGCUCUCGUCGCAAAGAAUCAUCUAAAGGUGCUGACGGCUCGAAUGCUCCACGACGGGAGUUGUCGAUUCCCGCCUUGAAAGAAGUUGAGUCAGAUACUUCAUACAACUGUGAGCUAAGAACACGUCAACGAAGACAUACGUAUGCCCAACCUCCUUCGAGGGUGAUCCGUGACCGUGGAGUCAAAGCCGGUUUUCAGGGAACUUCAGCAUCUCCCUCCCAACAACCAUGCCGUUCAGGCUACUCUAAUUGUAAGUCGCCAAUCGAAAAUCGCCCACAUAGUUCCCAUAGCCGGCUUUCACGCGCCGUAUCAGCCGUCUCGGACGGCUCCGAUACAUCGAAAUGGAGUAUUUUUCCACAAUCGCAGAAUCCAAAGCCUAGAGUGAAGGACAAGAGCCUUAAAAUUGACGGCAACGAUCCUAUCAUAGUUUCAGAAAUCCAAUUGGGUCGCACUGAGCCAUGCAGGCGCUAUUCGGCCCUUUCUGACGGAUCUGCUUUAUCCGCAGGCUCUUCGAAGUCGAAAGGCUCCUCUCACUCAUCAUCGAGUUGGGUGGAGAGCGCGCCGAGCAAGAUCGCCUUUCCUGUGGUAUCGGGACGAGACGUUGAUAGUAUCUCACCCGAGUAG